AUGCUGGCCAACAAGCGAAGGAAGGUGUCUUCUGCACCUUCCAGACCCUCCAAACCUAUUGCUUCCGCUCCAGCCAAGAAGCCACAAUCCGGACAAAAAAGCCGGCAGAUACCACCCCAGCAAGAUGAGGACAACUCUAGCGAGAGUGAAGCUCUCCCCGAAGAACCCGAAAUCCAAGAGGAUGACAGCGAAGACGAGGAUGGCGAUCAAGAGCCUGCAGAGGCCGAUGACGCCGGCAACGCUGUCGACGGAGAAGAGGCCGCAGCAGAAGACCUGCCACAGACGUUCAAAGAGCUCGGCGUUGUCGACACACUAUGCGAAGCCUGCGAUGCUUUAGGCUACAAGAAGCCGACCCCGAUUCAAGCGAAGUCCAUUCCUCUGGCCCUACAGGACCGCGAUAUCAUCGGCCUCGCCGAGACUGGAAGUGGAAAGACUGCCGCGUUCGCACUCCCUAUCCUGCAGGCACUCCUCGACAAGCCUCAACCGCUGUUCGGUCUUGUUCUUGCCCCCACGAGAGAACUGGCCCACCAGAUCGGCCAAUCGUUCGAGGCGUUGGGAAGCAUUAUAUCACUCCGCGUCGCCGUCAUCGUCGGUGGUCUCGAUAUGGUCCCUCAGUCCAUCGCUUUGGGCAAGAAGCCUCACAUUGUCGUCGCCACGCCUGGACGUCUAUUCGACCAUCUGGAGAAGACCAAGGGCUUCUCACUGCGCUCCAUCAAGUACCUGGUCAUGGACGAAGCCGAUAGACUACUCGAUAUGGACUUUGGUCCCAUCAUUGAGAAGAUCCUCAAGUGUCUCCCUCGAGAGCGCCGCACCUUCCUGUUCUCUGCUACCAUCUCCUCCAAGCUCGAAAGCCUGCAGAGAGCCGCCUUGCGCGAUCCUCUCCGUGUGAGCAUCAGCAGCCACGAUCAUCAGGUUGUCUCCACCCUCAUUCAGAACUACAUCUUCAUUCCCCUGGUCCAAAAGGAUGUCUAUCUUGUCUACCUAUGUAACGAGUUCGCCGGACGCACCAUCAUCGUUUUCGCUCGUACCAUCGUCGAAACCCAGCGUAUAUCUAUCCUGCUGCGCAUGCUUGGCUUUGGCGCCAUCCCCCUCCAUGGGCAGCUCUCUCAAUCUGCCCGACUGGGUGCUCUUAACAAGUUCAAAGCUGGAGCUCGCGAGAUCCUCGUCGCCACCGAUGUCGCCGCCAGAGGUCUAGAUAUCAAGGGUGUAGAUCUUGUGCUCAACUACGACAUGCCACAAGACUCUAAGACAUACGUUCACAGAGUCGGUCGCACUGCUCGUGCUGGUAAAAGUGGUCGCGCCAUCAACUUGGUCACACAGUACGACCUCGAGAUCUAUCUGAGGAUCGAGCAUUUCCUGGGCAAGAAGCUGGUUGAAUACGAAACAGACAAGGCCGAGGUCAUGAUCUUCAAGCCUCGUGUGGAAGAAGCACAACGGCAUGCCAAGAUGGAAAUCAAGAAUUUGAUCAACGACCGAGGCAAGAAGGGAGCCGUUCUUAAGGGCAAGCAUAUCAACGGUGUAAAGAGGAGACGGGGAGACCACAUGGAUGCUGAGGAGCGCUAG